CGACACACCAGCCAUCGGCAGCACAAGGAGCAGCGUCCAGCAUCCACGGGCAAACCGGUAGCGUACACUGCAGCGCAGGAGGCAUCAUGCUUACUAUGCUAUGCUGCCACCGGAGUCGACGAUCUACGAGUCUGCAGCGCCGCCUAGGGGAGCGCAGCCCUCGGCGCCAGGUGCCCGGCAUCCACAGCUCAUCAACACGCAGUUCGGCUAUGUAAUCGGGGGAAGCCUGCCUACACAAGUCUGCAAUAAGUUCGACUGCAUACGGCUGCUGUGUGUAUCUGCGCGUCACCGACAAUGAAGGUAAAGUACAUAUGCAUUUACUCUGCUCGAAAUCCCGCAUAAAUCCUCUCCAGAAUAAAAACCUAACCGUGCCACGCUUAGAAUUAAACGCUGCGCUACUCUUGUCUGUGUUGAUUGCUAAGGUUACAAACACGCUUAAAUUGAAACUAAAGAUAAGUAGAAUUUACUUGUUUACUGAUUCCCAAAUCGUGUUGGCUUGGUUACGGACUGAAGUGAUGAAGUUGACGGCUUAUGUGGCGAACAGAGUGAAAGCUAUAACUAACAAUACUGCUGACUGUCAAUGGCUGUAUGUCAACACCAAGGAGAACCCCGCCGAUUAUAUAAGCAGGGGCGUCAGUCCACACGAGCUUAGUGGCUGCGAUAUGUGGUGGCAUGGGCCUCGAUUUAUGCAUGACAGUAAGUACAAGUUUGAUGAAAAUAUAGAGUUACCUGCAGAAUUACCUGAGAGCAGAGCCAGCGCAGCGAUCUCCUCCAACGUAGGGUCUGCGGCUCGUCCAGUGACCGACAUAUUGCAAGGUAUACACAAAUAUUCCAGCAUCCAAAAAAUGGUACGUGUCUUAGCCUAUGUGUUAAGAUUUAUUAAUAAUUUAAAAGGCAGUAGGGUCUCGCAUAAUUUUUUGUCGAGUACAGAAUUAAACUCUGCGCUAAUGUUGCUCAUUAAGUAUGAACAAGAGUUAUAUUUUAAGGAUGAAAUUGAAAGUUUAAAGAAAAAUGAAUGCGUCAAAGGCUCGUUAUUAAGUUUGCAUCCGUUUCUAGACAACCUAGGUAUUCUGCGUGUAGGCGGCAGGUUACACCACGCUAGUAUACCGUACGCACAAAAACAUCAGGCUAUAUUACCUAGAGAAUCGUACGUCACAGAGUGUUUGGUAAGAUCAGAACACGAACGCUUACUACACGCCGGACCUAGGCUGUUAUUGUCAAAUAUAAACCAGAAAUACUGGAUUACUAACGGCUUAUUGUAUGUUAAGAAAAUUACAAAUAAAUGUAUUAAAUGUUUCAGGCAGAAGGCCACAGCUUCCAAGCAGCUGAUGGGUUCCUUGCCGGCCGGCAGGGUGACUGCUUUGAGCCGUCCCUUCGAGAAAGUUGGAGUAGAUUUCGCAGGACCUAUAAAUGUAAAGCUCUCGCGCUGUUCCAACUGUCGCGCCCCAAUGGGACCCAUGAAACCGUUCAUGAAAGUACCCGGUCCUAACAAGAGGGUUAUGUACAAACUUAUUAACGGUACCAAUAAUGGGGGGUACCACUAG